AAUUUCUUUUCUUUUGUUUGUCUUUCAGGUAAAAAUCGAGCUGUUGCCUGUUGCCAACGCUUGUCAGAGUUAAAUAAUUAUGUUCCCACUCGUCAUCACACUGGGCCUUUAACUGACUCUUACAUUAAGAAAUUCAAAGUUGUCGUAUUGACUGAAGCUUCACUUCCCGAACAAUUACGUAUAUCUGAGAUUACACAUGCAAAUGACAUAGCACUUAUUAUAGCAGAUACCAGAGGCCUAUUUUCUCAAGUAUUCUGUGAUUUUGGGAAUUCGUUCACUGUAGUCGACACUAAUGGUGAACCACCUGUAAGUGCAAUGGUUGCCAGCAUUUCUCAAGAUGCUGAGGGUGUUGUAACAUGCCUAGACGAUACACGUCACGGCAUGGAGGAUGGUGACUAUGUCACAUUUUCCGAAGUACAGGGAAUGACAGAGCUGAAUGGUUGUGACCCGAUAAAAAUCAAAGUUCUUGGUCCGUAUACCUUCAGCAUUGGAGACACAUCUAAGUAUUCUGAGUAUAUACGUGGUGGUAUAGUAACUCAAGUCAAGAUGCCAAAGAGUCUACACUUCAACGUUCUAAAGGAUGCUCUGAAGAAACCAGAGUUCCAGGUUACAGAUUUUGGAAAGUUCGAUUAUCCAGAGCAGAUACAUUUGGCUUUCAUGGUGUUGCACCGUUAUCAAGAAACAAAAGGAAAGCUGCCAAGGCCAUGGAAUCAAGAAGAUGCAAAAGAAUUUUUGGCUCUAGCUAAUACAGUGAAAGAGGAAAUGGGAAGUGAAACUGAAAUUAAUACAGAACUGUUCGAGACAUUUGCAAAGAUAUCUUCUGGUAAUUUAAAUCCAAUGAAUGCUACAAUUGGAGGAAUCGUAGCUCAAGAAGUAAUGAAAGCUUGUUCUGGAAAGUUUCACCCCAUCUAUCAGUGGUUGUACUUCGAUGCAAUUGAAUGUUUACCCGCAGAUCGCUCUGAGCUCACAGAAGAGGAUUGCUGCCCCAACGGAUCCCGUUACGACUCCCAAACCGCCGUGUUUGGUCGCAAAUUUCAGGCAAAGAUUGGUAACUUGAAAUACUUUGUUGUAGGAGCGGGAGCUAUCGGUUGUGAAUUGCUAAAGAAUUUCGCUAUGUUGGGUGUCGGUGCACAGAACGGUAGUGUCACGAUCACCGACAUGGAUCUGAUAGAGAAAUCAAACUUGAAUAGGCAAUUCUUGUUCAGGCCAUACGACGUCCAACAGUCGAAAUCAUCGACAGCCGCUAGAGUCAUCAAAGGUAUGAAUCCAGACAUGAAAGUAAUAGCUCACGAGAACAGAGUAUGCCCGGAAACAGAGAAAAUCUAUAACGAUGACUUCUUCGAAGUUCUGGACGGUGUGGCGAACGCUUUAGAUAACGUUAACGCUCGUAUUUAUAUGGAUCGUCGUUGUGUGUAUUAUAGAAAGCCCCUGUUGGAAUCGGGUACUCUAGGUACGAAAGGUAACACACAAGUUGUUGUUCCAUUUUUAACCGAAUCGUACAGUUCGUCGCAAGAUCCGCCAGAGAAGAGUAUACCGAUCUGUACGUUAAAGAAUUUCCCUAACGCUAUAGAGCACACUCUGCAAUGGGCCAGAGACAAUUUCGAAGGCUUGUUCCGCCAGGCCGCGGAGAACGCCGCUCAAUACAUUUCUGAUUCACAGUUCGUGGACAGAACGUUGAAACUGCCCGGUGUACAGCCGUUAGAAGUAUUAGAAUCCGUGAAAACAGCACUGGUUGACGAGAGACCAAAAACGUUCGCCGAUUGCAUCGCAUGGGCUCGUUGUCAUUGGCAGGAACAAUAUAGCAAUCAGAUUAGACAGCUUCUCUUCAAUUUCCCGCCUGAUCAGGUAACAUCGACCGGUCAGCCGUUCUGGUCCGGGCCUAAGAGGUGCCCCGAACCGCUCGCGUUCAGUGUCAACGAUCCGCUGCAUUUAGACUACAUCGUAGCUGCCGCUAACCUGAAGGCGAAGGUCUACGGAAUCCCUACAAACAGGAAUCGCGAGGAAAUCGCUAGGAUCGUCAGUACCGUCAAGGUGCCAGACUUCACGCCGAAGUCCGGCGUGAAGAUUCCCGAGACGGACUCGCAGGUUCAAGUAUCCAACGGCAGUGGCAACGUGGACCACGAGAGACUGAACCAGCUGCAAGAGGAGCUCCCGAAGAUCGACGAGCUGAACGGUUUAGUGAUCUAUCCUCAGGAGUUCGAGAAGGACGACGACACCAACUUCCACAUAGAUUUCAUCGUGGCCGCUUCAAAUCUCCGCGCUACCAACUACAAAAUCCCGCCCGCCGAUAGGCAUAAGAGCAAACUCAUCGCCGGCAAAAUAAUACCGGCGAUCGCGACCACCACGUCCGUCGUGGCUGGCUUGGUAUGCCUCGAAUUGAUCAAGCUGACGCGCGGCGUUAGAGACUUGUCCGUGUACAAGAACGGUUUCGUGAACUUGGCGCUGCCGUUCUUCGGAUUCUCCGAGCCCAUCGCCGCGCCGAAAUUGAAGUACUACGACACAGAAUGGACUCUGUGGGAUCGGUUCGAGGUGAAGGGAGAGCUGACGCUCAAGGAGUUCUUGGACUACUUCAAGGAGCAUCAUAAUCUGGAGGUCACCAUGCUGUCGCAGGGUGUAUGCAUGCUGUACUCGUUCUUCAUGGCGAAACCGAAGUGUCAAGAGCGCAUGGGACUGUUGAUGUCGGAGGUAGUUAAGAAGGUGUCGAAAAAGAAGCUGGAGCCGCACGUACGCGCUUUGGUAUUCGAACUCUGCUGUAACGACUCCGAUGGUAACGACGUGGAAGUCCCAUACGUACGCUACACCUUGCCCUGAAGGCUCGUCGAUGUUGCCGGUUAACGAGAAAUGUCUACUUAACUGACUUAGCGGUAGUAAUUUCUACAAAUUUCUAUUUUACAAUACGGUACAGGAGAAUAUUAAUCUUCGUCUAUGUAAGGCUCUCAAAGUAAAGAUUCAUUUUUAUCGCCGACAUGCUUCGUAGCAUUUCAUAGGAAGCGACCGCGGGAUUCACUGAGUUGAUCUUACUAUGAUCUCCCUUUUGCUGAUAAUCGACUUUGAGGCUGUAUAUCAGAAAUCUUUCGUAUUCUCUUCUCUUCUCUUCUCUCUCUCACUUUUUCUUUUCUUCGUUGUUGCUCCUGUGAAGACCUUAAAU